AUGAAGACCGUUCAGCUUGUCGCUGCGCUUAGCGCCCUUGCCGCUGGUGCUCACGCAAGUGCUAACACCAGCACCACCGUCGUCUGCAGUGCCUGCCCAUCCCACGCGUCCACCCCAGAUAUCGUCACUCGAUCCCCUGUGCCGACAGUUUCUUGCACGGCUGCUCCCCUGACCGUCAUCAGCUCCACUGUCUCUUCCAGCAACGCCACUUCUCACGCUGGUACCGGGGCAUGGUCGACGUCGACUGCGACCGGACCCAGCUCAUCAUCCACGUAUGCCGCAGUCACAGCUGGCGGUGACCACAUGAUCGGAAGCUUCAGUGGUGCCUUGGGCCUGGCUGCGGUAAUUGCAUACUUGGCUUAG